CCGUUACCAUGGACCCAGCAGCCCCCGCCGCUCGGAUGACGUCCUCCUUCACCAUCAACAUUUCCACCCCGUCCUUUUAUAACCCCCCGAAGAAAUUUGCCCCCGUGGUGCCACCCAAGCCCAAGGUGAACCCUUUCAGGGCAGCGGAAGAGCCGGUUCCUCAGGAGAAUUCCGCGGGCCCCGGGCUGCGCCGGGCGUUUGUGGGAAAAGUGGGGCAAAUCCCCUCCAUGGCGCCCCCUGGUGGUGACCCCGAAGACUUUGUCCUGCCGCCCCCCCCGCCCAAUGAGGAACCAAUGUCGCCCCCCGGCUCAUCCUUCCCGCCGCCCCCACCCUCGUUUGGGGAUGACGGACCGGGGUCCCCCUUGGGUCUGUUCCCCCCGCCGCCCCCCCCGGAGUUCUCCGAGCCCUUCCCACCCCCCAUAGAGGAGUCGUUCCCCUCACCGCCCCCGCUGGAGGAAGCCGCAGGACUGAGUGACACUCAGGACCCCCCCGCGUCAGUGCCGCCUCCCCCCCCGCCUCUCCCUUCCCCCCCGGAACCUGCCCCCCCUGUUCUGUGUGAGGCCCCCAAACCCGCCCCCGUUCUUCCCAAGCCGCCUCCCCCUUCUGCUUUCCCUAAACCUGAGCCCCCCCAGUCUGUGGCCCCCAAGGCUCAAUCCUCUAUCUUCAUCCCUAAGCCCAGCCCCCCAUCGGCAGUUGCCCCAAAGCCUGUAGCCCCCCCGCCAGUGGCAGCUAAACCCUCUGGCCCAGGCCCAUUUGUAGGUCCAUCAGCUGCCCCUCCCACACACACUCCUGCCCCUGCCCCCGCUCACACAUUCUCCCCCAAGCCGGUUGCUGGGCCGACAUUUGCCCCCAAAUCUGCCUCCCACACAUUCAUGGCUAAACCUUCUGCCCCAGUGUUCUCCCCCAAAGCAGCAACAGAACCCCCCACAGAAGCCCCUCAGGAGAGAUUCCCUGCAUCUCAGUCAAGUCCCAAACUGACCCCUGCAGCCAAGCAUGAAGCUCCUCCCCCUGCAGCCAAGCAUGAAGCUCCUCCCCCUGCAUCAGCCACGCGAGCCCCGGGGUUCAGCUUUGCCCAGCAGCGAGACAAACCCCGCGUGUUGGAAAAGCCGAGGGCAAAUGUGAGAGACUUGGUGCCGGAGCCGCCCGUGGAGACCCGGGGGGAGAGAACUCUGGGGCCACAGGCAGAGGGCGGAAGGAGUUUUGGGGCUCAGCCCAUUGGGGGAAAGGACACGAAACCCCUCCCUGAGGGACUAAGGAACCAAACGCCUGAUGGGACCCACCGAGUGGGAGGGCAGCCCGGCACCCACAGACCGACCCCCCACCAGGACCAAACGUCCGGCUCCCAAGGGCUGAACAUGAAGGAGGUGGAGGAGCUGGAGAUGCUGACCCAACAACUCAUGCAGGAGAUGGACAAGCCGACCCCCGCCGCCGAGGCGCACACUAUGGAACUCUGCGGCUUCUGUGGGCGGGGCCUGUCCCGGACCGAAACUGUGGUGCGAGCCGGCGAGCAUCUGUACCAUGUGACCUGUUUCACCUGCUCCAAGUGUGAGCAGCAGCUCCAGGGGCAACAGUACUACGAGAGCGCCGGGAAGCCCCUGUGUGAGGAGUGCUACCAGGAUACGCUAGAGUGCUGCGCGGUGUGUGAGAAGAAGAUCACGGAGCGGUUGCUACGGGCGAUUGGUCAGGCCUACCACCCAUCCUGCUUCACGUGCGCCGUGUGUAAGUGCUCCCUGCAGGGGGAGCCGUUCAUAGUGGAUGACAACAAACUGCCCCACUGUGUGAGCGACUAUCACAGGCGCUAUGCCCCGCGCUGUACUGUUUGCGGAGACCCUAUUGCCCCAGAGCCGGGGCGGGAUGAGACGGUGCGAGUGGUCGCUCUGGAGAAGAACUUCCACAUGAUGUGCUACAAGUGUGAGGACUGCGGCUGCCCCCUCUCCAUUGAGGCCGAUGAUGGGGGCUGCUUCCCAUUGGACGGGCACGUUUUGUGCAAGAAGUGCCACACUGUCCGUGCCCGCGCUGCCCUGGGAUGACCUUGCGCUGCCAGUUUGUGGCUACAGGAUCCAGCCAAUCAUCAGCCUGUGGCCCUAAAGACUCUGGGACCUUCCUGACACUCCGGCCGGUGUCGGCCCACUUGCCCCCGUCCCUAUUGCUCAUCUCAUUGCUUGUACUCUUUCUGCCCCAUCUAUGCACGCCCCUAGCGCAGCUGCCCCUAUUUACUCAGCUCCGCGGGGGAGGGACUCACAGUCAGGAUUUCUAUUGGAUCUCGGCACCUUGAUACCUGCCCCGUGGCACAGAGCAACUGGCACAGAGGGGGCAAGUAGGGGGCGCUACGAGAACCAGAAGGAACAUCUGCUGCGCCGCAAAUGAUUUUUUAUGGUGGGAUUUUUUUCCUGUAUUUUUUAGGGGGGGGCGGGGAUUUUACUGACCAAUAAACUGUUUUGUACAAA